AUGUUCGGGAUCACCCAGAGACAGACGUUUAUCGUCGUGGGUGUGCUUUUUCAUUUCUACUACUUAUGGCUGAUCUUCGAUAUUUACUUUGUCUCGCCGUUGGUGCAUGGAAUGGAUCAACAUAAAUCCACGUCUGAACCACCAGCUAAAAGACUAUUUUUGAUUGUGGGGGACGGCUUGAGAGCAGAUAAAACUUUUAAGAAGGUGAUGCAUCCUAGGACUGGCGAGGAGACGUAUUUGGCGCCUUAUCUACGUUCUUUGGUGGAGACCGAGGCUACCUGGGGAAUUUCUAAUACUAGGAUGCCAACCGAAUCUCGACCUGGGCAUGUGGCCAUGAUUGCAGGAUUUUAUGAGGAUGUAAGUGCUGUGACAAAGGGCUGGAAGGAGAAUCCAGUCGAUUUUGACUCGUUUUUCAAUCAGUCUACACACACGUACUCGUUUGGUUCCCCGGAUAUUCUCCCGAUGUUUGCUUAUGGUGACAAUGUUGUUCCCGGUAGAAUUGAUGUCUGUAUGUAUGGGCAUGAGUUUGAGGAUUUUACGCAAAGCUCAAUUGAGCUAGACUCCUUCGUGUUCAAGCAUUUUUAUGAAUUGAUGGACCAAUCCUCAACAAACCAGACACUUAAUGAAGAAUUGCGCCAGGAAGGAAACGUCUUUUUCUUGCAUCUUCUUGGCCCUGACACCGCUGGGCAUGCUUACAGACCCUACUCAGCAGAGUAUUACGACAACAUUCAGUACAUCGAUAAAGAGCUCGAGAAGUUGAUACCCCGUAUCCACGAUUUUUUUGGCGACGAAGAUUCGGCUUUCGUAUUUACCGCAGACCAUGGUAUGUCAGAUUUUGGUUCGCACGGUGACGGUCACCCUGACAAUACAAGAACACCAUUAAUCGCAUGGGGCGCUGGCGUAAACAAACCUGUGUUAGCGGACGACUUUCAAAAAUCAAAACAGGAUCCAGUUGAAAGCGGAUACGAAGCGGAUUAUUUCGACACUUGGGGCUUCGACCAUUUAUCUCGCCAUGACGUGAACCAAGCAGAUAUCGCAUCGUUGAUGGCAUAUCUUAUUGGAGCUAAUUACCCAGCAAACUCUGUCGGUGAGCUUCCACUACCAUAUAUCAAGGGAAGUGCUGUGAACAAGGUAAAGGCAUUGUUUGAAAAUGCUUUAGCAGUGGUUGAGCAAUAUCUCGUCAAAGAAAGCGAAGUGUACAAUCACCAAUUUCAGUAUAAGCCUUUCGACCCUUUUGUGAAGAAGCCAAUCGAACAAUAUAAGACGGAAAUUCCUGAACUCAUUACAAAACUCGAAGAGGGUCCUGACGAAGAUCUUGAAGCGGAAGUGAUAGCUUUGACGGAGGAGCUCAUGAAGGCUGCUUUGAGUGGAUUGAACUAUUUGCAAACUUACAAUUGGCUCUUGUUACGUUCCAUUGUGACUCUUGGGUUCUUUGGCUGGAUUGCCUACUCAUUCAAUGUCUUUCUCAAGUUGUUCAUUCUCAAAGAGUUCGAGCAACCAGCUUAUUCGAGAAAGCUUUUGGUGGCCUUCGGUGGGGUUGCCUUAUCCAUUAAUUACUUAUUGUUCUACCAGCAGUCUCCUAUCAACUACUACAUGUACGCUGCAUUCCCACUCUUUUUCUGGUUCACUAUACUCAAUGAAGCAUCAUUAUUGUUCAAGGGGUUGCAUGAGUUCCUCUUUGGAAUUUCGGGUCCCAUGAAACUCUUUACUUUGGCGGCUUUCCUCGGAAUGUAUGAGGGUAUAGUUUACGGAUUCUUCAACAGAGUCAUUUUUUCGGUGAUCUUGGUUUUGAUCGGUCUUUAUCCCUUCUGCGUCCAGAGACGCUUGAGCCUAAAAGUGAAAAUUACAUGGUUGCUCAGUUGCACUAGCAUGUGUAUUUUUACAAAUUUAGAUGCUGUUAAGGUGGAGAGCUUGUGGCAGAUUAAUGUUAGUGCCUUAUUGGCAGUGAUGGUUGGCAUUCUCGGUUUCAAAAAGGUUCUAAAUAGAGACCUCAGACCAUUUGAAAAGAACUUGAUUAUAGCCCAGCUUAUUACUGCCGUCAUUACAUUAUACGCUACGAAUGUAUCUGUUGUCUCGUUGCAAGCUAGGGAAGGCUUGCCGUUGUACUCACAAGUAUUGGGAUGGGUGACCUUUAUUACAUCGAUUGUCAUCAUUCCAACCUUGUAUGCACUUAACCCGUCGUCUGACUACCAGCUACGUUUGUUAAUCAUUUACUUAACUUUUGUGCCCGCAUUUAUCAUCUUGACAAUUUCAUUCGAGUUGUUCUUCUACGUGGGGUACUCAUUAGUUUUGUUGCAGUGGUUGAACAUCGAGACUAAUUUGAAGUUAAAGAGUAAAGAAUUGGAGGAGUCUAAGCGCAACAGCCUUGAUUUACCAGAAGGUUACUGGCUUCAAACAAUUCGUGUGUCGAUCAUUGGUUUUUUCUUCCUACAGUAUGCCUUCUUUGGUACUGGAAACAUAUCUUCGAUCUCAACGUUCUCGUUGGAUUCUGUUUACAGGUUGAUCCCGAUUUUCGAUCCAUUCCCGAUGGGCGCACUUCUUAUGCUCAAAUUGAUAAUUCCAUACAUCUUGUUAUCGACAUGCUUUGGUAUCAUGAAUUAUAAAUUAGAGAUCAAGAAGUUUACCAUCUCGACAUUGAUCAUCUCGACGUCUGAUUUCUUGUCAUUGAACUUCUUUUACCUCGUUAAAACCGAGGGAUCGUGGCUCGAUAUUGGUGUCACGAUUUCAAACUACGUGUUGGCAAUCCUCUCUUCACUCUUCAUGCUUAUUCUCGAACUUGUCAGCACCGUCAUAUUAAAAGGAGUUGAUCUCAAUGAGGACAAACUCGAGAGGAAACGGAGGAGGAUAGAGGAAAUUGUGCAAGAUCAAACGUCAAUUGGCGAUAGAGUGAGGAGUAGAAGGGAGAAGAAAGAUUAG